AUGGUCAGGACCAGGUCGAGGGCUACUAGCCCUAGCCGUCAGGGAAGCAGAGGCGCUUCAAGUGAUCCCCAGCGUGAUCGCCAAUCUGCACCAGUCAUGCAGACGUCAUCCGUUCAGAAUAUGCAAUCCAUGGCGGCUGCAAUGGCGGAAUUGACUCGCCAAAACCAGGAGUUAAGGAUGGAGAUCAGUCAGAGAAGACAGACACGUGAGGAACACGCAGGACAGACACAAGGCCAUGGUGACAAAGAGAAUACUGAAGUUGGAAGCCAGUUUAGAGGCACCACUUCACGGGUAGUGCCACACUUGAAAGAGGAGAUGGACCAAAUGAAGAAAGUCAUGGAGGAGAUGAAGGAGAACAUGAGGAGAACUAAUCCUAUAGAGGAUUUGGUCCACAGAACAGAUUCUCCUUUUACGGCUUCCAUCAAUGGCCACCCCUUACCAUCAAAGUUCAAACUGCCUUCCCUGGACUCGUAUGAUAGGACGCGUGACCCCUUUGAUCACAUUGCAACAUUCAAGACGACAAUGCACCUCCAAGGGGUCCCUGAUGAAAUCAUGUGUCGAGCCUUCCCUACUACCCUUAAAGGCCCGGCACGAGUUUGGUUCAGUAAAAUCCCCCCAAGUUCCGUAAGUACUUUCGAAGAGUUAAGCAAAUUGUUUGUUAACAAUUUCAUCGGGGGACAGAGGCACAAGCGCUCUUCGUCCAGCUUACUGACCAUAGAACAAGGGGAGAACGAAAGCCUGCGGUCAUUCAUCACUCGCUUCAACAGGGAAGCCCUUAGCGUGGACGAGGUGGACGACAAGCUUCUACUGGCAGCCUUCCACAAUGGGAUUAAUUCGGAUUUAUUUAUCCACAAGCUAUACGAGAAGGAGCCUCAAACCAUGGCCGAGCUCGUCCAUUCGGCUCAGAACUUCAUGAAUGCAGAAGAUGCAAUCAUAGCCAAGAAGCGGAAAAGAGCUGAGAGGAUGGAAGCGCACCCAGCUCGACACUCAGAACAAGCCCCUCGUCCAAAGAAGGGACGGACGGAAGAUAGGAAGGAACGAGAUGGCAGGAAGACAGGUCCCUUGGGAAGAAGCCAGAACUAUACGCCCCUGAACGCUCCACUUAAUCAGGUUCUCAUGCAAAUCAAAGACGAUCCUUCUUUAAAAUGGCCAGAGAAGAUGAAAGGGGAUCCCAACAAGCGCAAUAAGAACAAAUAUUGUCGCUUUCACAGGGACCAUGGGCAUGACACGGAUGAGUGUUAUGACCUAAAACAGCAAAUUGAGAACCUUAUCAGGCAAGGAAAGUUGAAGCACUUCGUUGGAAGGGAUCGUACAGAUGAGAAGCAGAAAGGCAAAAUGGAGGAAUCAUCCCGGCCCCCACUCGGGGAGAUAAGGAUUAUCGUUGGAGGGAACCCGAUGGGGCAAUCUUCCAAGUCGAAGAAGACGUAUCUCAAAGCGGUACAAAAUGUUCAGCUCUCUGGACGAACACCAAGGACGAGACCAAUGGACGAGCCAACCAUUUCCUUCACCAAUGAAGAUGCUGAGAGGAUCCAUCACCCGCAUGACGAUGCGAUCGUCAUUACACUGCUCAUUGCAGAUUAUACAACCAGAAGAGUGUUAGUUGACAACGGAAGUUCAGCAGACGUAUUGUACUACCCCGCCUUCCAACAGAUGAGGCUUGGACGAGAUCAACUUCGUGCAGUAUGCUCGCCGCUGAUAGGAUUUGGAGGAAUGAAGGUGCAGCCCGUGGGUACCAUUACAUUACCAGUUGUGGUAGGGUCAUACCCGCAACAGAUAACCAAGGAAGUCAAUUUCCUGGUGGUAGACUGUACUUCUUCAUACAAUGCCAUCAUUGGAAGACCCACUCUUAAUAGUUGGAAGGCGAUAACCUCGACCUACCAUCUAUCAGUCAAAUUCCCUACGGAGUACGGGAUAGGACAAGCACAAGGAGAUCAGUUGGCAGCUAGAGAAUGCUACUUAGCCAUGGUGGCUUUGGACGAACAGGUGCAGACAAUGAGCAUCGAGGAAAGAAGAGUUAUUGCAGAGCCCACGGAAGUGUUGGAAGAUGUCCUUUUGCAAGAAGAUGAUCCUGAGAAAUUUACCAGAAUUGGAACAGGUAUGAAGGAGAAGGCAAGAGAAGACCUCAUCCAGUUCCUGAGAAAAAGUAUCGACGUUUUUGCAUGGAGUCAUAACGACAUGCCAGGAAUCGACCCAAGUGUGAUCACUCAUCGAUUGAAUGUAUACCCCUUUUUUAAGCCUAUCCGUCAGAAGAAGAGGGUAUUCGCUCCCGAGAGGGACAAGGCAAUCAAGGAAGAGGUUCAAAAACUGACCACGGCGAAGUUCAUUAAGGAAGUCUAUUACCCGGAUUGUUAUCCUCUGCCACGCAUUGAUCAAUUGGUGGACUCUACUGCUGGCCAUCAAUUGCUGAGCUUCAUGGAUGCCUUCUCAGGAUAUAAUCAGAUCAAGAUGGAUGAAGCUGAUCAGGAAAAAACUUCCUUCAUUACCAGCCAAGGCUUGUUUUGCUACAAAGUGAUGCCCUUCGGCUUGAAAAACGCAGGGGCAACUUAUCAAAGGUUAGUGAAUCAUAUGUUUCGACCACAAAUAGGACGGAAUGUGGAGGUUUAUGUCGACGACAUGCUUGUGAAGAGCAUAGACGAGGGAAGCCAUCUAGACGACCUACAGGAAACCUUUGAAACACUUCGGCGAUAUAAGAUGAAGUUGAACCCAAGCAAGUGUGCAUUCGGAGUAUCGUCGGGAAAGUUUCUGGGGUUCAUGGUCUCGCAAAGAGGAAUUGAGGCAAAUCCGGACAAGAUCCAGGCUAUAUUGAACAUGGAGCCACCGAAGAAUAUCAAGGAAGUCCAAUCCCUCACAGGACGAGUUGCCGCUUUGAACAGGUUUGUUUCGAAAGCCACAGAUAAGUGUUUACCCUUCUUUAAAGUCCUCAGGAAGGCAUUUGAGUGGACGGACGAAUGCCAAAGGGCCUUCCAAGACCUGAAGGACUAUCUCACAACCGCCCCAUUAUUAAGUCCAUCCGUGCAAGGAGAAGAACUGUACUUAUACUUAGCGGUGUCCCCACACGCCGUAAGUUCAGCUUUAAUCAGAGAAGAGGGAAAAAUACAAAAACCGGUGUAUUACACUAGCCGGGCACUCAGAGGAGCAGAGCGAAGAUAUCCGCUCAUGGAGAAAUUGGCUUUUGCACUGAUAACGGCUUCUAGGAAGUUGAGACAUUACUUCCAAGUUCAUGUCAUCAAUGUCAUGACGGACCAUCCGCUUAAGAAGGCAAUAAACAAGCUGGAAGCCGCAGGACGACUGAUUCAGUGGGCAGUUGAACUUAGCGAAUUCGACAUUCGGUACCAACCGAGAAAUGCAAUAAAGGCUCAAGCCCUAGCAGAUUUCAUCGCAGAGUUCACUCCAAGUUACGAAGACCUGGGGGAAGGAGAGUACAACAAAUCGGUCGUCCAUGUAGAUGGAUCAUCUACAUUAUAUGCUGGAGGAAUAGGAGUUGUUUUGCAGUCGCCGGAAGGGGACAAAUUGAAAUACAAGGCCCGUCUGCAAUACCAGACUACUAACAAUGAAGUGGAGUAUGAAGCCCUUUUAAAGGGGUUGGAACUGGCCAAAUCUGUAGAAGCAGACACGAUACUUGUCAUGGGAGACUCUCAACUGGUCAUAGGCCAAGUCAAUGGAAUAUAUGAAGCCAAGGAAGACAGAAUGAAGAAGGAAGAGAAUGUGGAAGCAGAUACUCUGGCGAAGGAAGCAUCUGCGAAUGAGGCGUUGGACGAUACAGAUGGUGUACACUACAUGCCAAGUAUAGACCUUCCAGAAUUGAUGCAGAUAGAGGGAGAAGGAAGUUGGAUGACCCCAAUAGUGUCCUACUUAAAGGACGGAAGGCUUCCAGAAGAGAAAGACGAAGCAAGGAAGCUCAAAGUCAAGUCAGCCAGGUAUGUGCUUAUGGACGAGGUGUUAUACAAGAGAGGUUUUUCCCAGCCUCUCUUAAGAUGUUUGGCUCCAGACGAAGCAAAUUACAUGUUGAGGGAGGUUCACGAAGGAGCAUGCGGGAACCAUUUGGGAGCCAGAUCACUCGUCCAUAAAGUCAUCCGUAGCGGAUUCUAUUGGCCAACCAUCCAAGCUGAUGCUAAAGCAUAUGUCAAAGUAUGUGAUCAAUGUCAACGCUUCAGCAAUAUUCCCAGACAACCAGCAGAAUAUCUCACGCCAAUGAUGGCCCCUUGGCCCUUCGCGCAAUGGGGAAUAGACAUUUUGGGGCCCUUUCCGACUGGAACUCGGCAAAUGAAGUUUCUGGUGGUGGGAAUAGAUUACUUCACAAAAUGGGUGGAAGCCGAACCCUUAGCCAAAAUUACACAGCAGAAUGUCAAGAACUUCGUCUGGAAGAACAUUGUAUGCAGAUUCGGAGUACCAAGAGUACUAGUGUCUGACAAUGGACGACAGUUUGACAACACACCUUUCAGGGAAUUUUGUGAACAGCUUGGAAUGAAGAACCAUUACUCCUCACCCUCCCACCCACAGGCCAAUGGCCAAGCAGAAGUCGCGAACCGAUCCUUAACGACAGCGAGAACUCCAACAGGAGAAACUCCUUUCAAACUAGCCUACGGAAGCGAGGCAGUCAUACCAGCAGAAGUACACAUGACGAGCCACAGGGUGAGGAAGUAUCAAACUGAAGAAAACGAGGAACAGCUCCGUCUUAACCUUGACCUUAUGGACGAGGUCAGGAUGGAUGCAGAACAGAGGACAGCAAGAUUGAUCCACAAAAAGAAAGCAAGCAUGGACGAAUGA